AUGGCUUGCCCGAUUUCAUCACCUGACUCGGACAAUCUCGGGAAUCGGGUAUACUGGAUUCCUAAUCAUCCAGGAGCAGAUUCCAAAAGAUACGUCUUUGUAAUCAUCACCACCGCUUUGGAUUCUUAUCCCAGAUAUUCAAGCCCUGGCAAAAGCUACGAAGCUCAAGGUGGGAGAGGAGAAGUUCGCGUUCCUUGUUCGUCAAGGUUGGAUGAUCUUCCUGUUGAUGUAUUCAGGAAGAUAGUCUACCCCGGAUCUGACCAACCCACUUGA